AUGUCCACCACCACAUCUCCGCUCUUCACCCUCCCCAUUCCUUCCACCUCCGGCUCCAUCACCUGCACCAACCCAUCCCCCGACCAGCCGACAAUCUACCUCCUCACUUUCACCUCACCCCCAGAUAACCGUCUCACCCCGACCUUUAUCGACACCUUUCUCCUGGCCCUCGACAUCAUCGAACACCGCUACCAAAAGGGUGUUUUAAUCACCACCAGCGGGAUUCCCAAAUUCUACAGCAAUGGACUAGAUCUCGAACUUGCGCAAACCACAGAGGGGUUUUUGGAUAAAUGGCUGUGGAAGUUAUUCCGUCGACUGUUAACCUACCCCAUGCCCACCAUCUCCCUCCUAAACGGCCACGCCUUCGCCGGCGGCUUCAUGCUCGCCAUGUACCACGACUACCGGAUCCAGAACCCGAGUAAGGGCUUUCUAUGCAUCAACGAGCUCGAAUUCGGGGUGCCGUUGCAAGCGCCCAUGAUGCAUGUCUUCCGGGAGAAGUUGACGCCGAAUGUGUGUCGGGAUGUUGUGCUCGAGGCGAAGAGGUUCCCUGGGCCGGAGGCGCUGCGCGUGGGCAUUGUGGAUGGUCUCGGGGGUGUGGAGGAGACGGUGAAGUUCGUGAAGGAGAGGAAGUUGGUGUUGAUGCCCAAGACGGAGAUUUACGGGGUGAUGAAGGAGGAGAUGUAUCGGAGGUUGUUGGGGGUGGUGGAUGAUCAUUCGGGGAAUUUGGAGUGGAGGGAGCGGGUGGAGGAGAGGAAGGGCGAGAUGGAGGAUGUUGGGAGGAAGAGUGUGGAGGUUUGGGAGGGGAGGAAGGGGGCGAAGUUGUGA